AUGUUUCGCCGAUCCCCGCAGCAGCAGCGACAGCAGCAUCAGCAGCAGCACCAGAGCCAGCAGCUGCAGUUACAGCAGCAGCAGCAGCAGCAGAAACGGCAGCUGCGCUGCUGUAGGGAAGCUAAGCAGCAGCAGCAGCAGCAGCAGCAGCAGCAGCAUCACCGGCAGCAGGGAAGGAGAGAGCCGCACAUUCGUCACCCUCGUGUGCAUAGUUCUAGCAGCAGCAGCAGCAACAUCAACAAUACAGAAAGCAGCAGCAAUCUCCCUAACUACCGCACCAUUACCACCAUCACCAGCAACAUCAGCAGCAGCAGCACCAGCAGCAACAACAGCAGCACCAUCAGCAUCAGUAGCAACAACAGCAGCACCAUCAGCAUCAGCAGCAUCAGCAGCAUCAGCAGCAGCAGCAGCAGCAAGAGUUUGUUUGUUAAGCGCUUUUAUGUUCGCUGGAUCCGCCAGUUUGAGGGAGAGAAGAUAUCCCCUGAACUUCGGAAGCAGCUGCAGCCUUCAGCAGCAGAUGCUGCUCGGCGAGCUGCUGGUGCAGCACCUGCUGCUGCAUCAUAUUCUGCUGCUGCUGCUUCUGCUGCAGCUGCUGCUGCUGCGGGAGGCAGCAAUGCCGGCUUCCUGCAGCAGCACGCCGUCGGUCUUUACUCGCACCCAUUGCGGCACCAUCCGCACCAUAUGAUGCCUCAGCCGCAACAGCUGCAGCAGUUGCAGCAGCUGCAGGAACAGCAGCAGCAGCAGCAACAGCAGCAGCCUUGGAAGGGACACGAGCUCGACAGCAGCAGCACCAAAAUCAAAACAGAAAAGAAAAUGUUGCUGCUGCAAAAGCACGCAGCUGUAGACGUCUUCAGACUCAUGAGAAGAAGGGACAGGCUUGCUGCAAAGUACUCCCCCGAGGCGGUGGCUGCGCGCAUGGCGGCUCGAGAGCGUCGGCGGCAUCUUGUGGAGUCGGGACAGCUGGGGCCGGCAACAGGCAAGGAUGUGCGGCGUCUUACUCAGAGUCUAGCAGACCGCCGCUACGUUCCUGGGGAUUUUCCAUUUGCAAUGAACUGCAUUUAUUAUCUUUCUCGGCCUCUCAGGGGUAUCUCCAUAGAACAGCUUUUCGGGUGUAUAUACAACUUUGCAGCAACAGCAGCAGAGCGAGCAGCAGCAGCAACAGCACCUUUGGACCCUAUGGAUUUGCUGCUGCCGCAGCUGCUGCAGCUGCCUGGCGCUCCCUGGGCUGCAGCAAACAAAGGCAGCAGCAGCAGCAGCAGCAAGUUGGGGCCGCUACUCGCGCUUCAUGCGCUCCAGCUAGCCAGCGCUGUUUCUGCUAAUUUGCUGCUGCCUGUUGAGAAUAGACUCAGCCUUGCUGGCUUCACUCGGGCUUCUAUCGGUCCCUUGCUGCUGGCUGCUGCUGCAGCACAGCGCAGCAGUAGCAGCAGCAGCAGCGGCAGCAACAGCGCGAACGCGGCGCUAGAAGCUGCUGUUGCUGCUGCUGAAGAGGCAGAAGACCUCGUAGACAGUGAUGCAGACUGGAUAGAUCAAGAGGACGAGCAAGACCAAGCAAGCGAAGUUGGGGGAGCCUUGACUCGUCAAGGGCGUGUCUUCCGACGGCCUGAGUCUCCAGUGGAGGCUUCACCUCGGCCCUCUUCUCCAGCCAUCAGCAGCAGCAGCAGCAGCAGCAGCACAGGGGGGUUUCCAGAGUGCUGGGGGGGCCCUUUAAAAGAACAGCGGCUAAGAGAGGAAGGAGAGACCUUGAAGACUGCUGCUGCUGCGCUGCUGUCGGCUUUGGAUUGCGUCUCUGUUGCUGCACUGCGUGCAGAGCGUUUGAUUCGCGCUGCAGCAACGCGAGCAGCAGCUGCUGCAGCGAGGGCGUCAGUAGCAGCUGCUUCAGACCCCACCGCAGCUGCAGAAGCAGCAGAUCCCGUUGCCGCAGCUGAGGCAUUCGUCAAGCUCUCAGCAGCAGAGCUGCUGCAGGGCCUUAUCAAUGAAAAGGAAGCAGCACUUCGUGCUGCUACACCAGCAGCAGCAAACGGGUGCCGCACCUCUACAGUUGAGGCCUUGAUGAGCUACAGCAGCAGAUGGAAGCUGCGGCAGCUGCUGCAGCUGCAGGCCUUGCUUGGCCUGCAACCAGCGGACUCCCAGCAGCAGCAGCAGCAACAGCAGCAGCAGCGACAGCAGAAAAGAGGUUCGUUUGCUGACGUAGCAGGUGCUACAGUAGCAGCAGCAACAGCAACAAAACGUCUGCGCACUGAAGAGGAAGAGGCCUUCGCGGAAAGCCGUAGCAGCAGCCCCACGUUUGAAGCAACCUCAACUACUGCUGCAGCAGCAGCAGCCUCAGCAGGGGCAGCACCAAACCCAGACGUGCCGCUUGUAAAUACACCCCGCGCCGUCGCCGCCUCCCUACCCCCUCCAACUCCGACUCAGAACUUUCUUUUUGGUGUCCCUGUAGAGCCCCCUUCUGAUCCGCACCAGCAGCAGCAGCAGCAACAGCAGCAGCAGCAGCAACAGCAGCAGCAGCAGCAACAACACCAGCAGGGUACUCCAUCAGGGGAACCCCGAGUGCAUGCGGGGGCCCGCAAGGCCCAGCAAACAGUGCAGCAGCAAAGACGCAGCAAAAUGCUGAGCCCGCGAAGCGCGCCGCCUCUUAGUGCUGCUGUUGCUGCUGCUGUGCUGCAGCAGCAGCUGCAGGUCCCGCCCUCCUCCGUCGCCGUGCUGCUGCAGGAUGCCACGGAGUUCGUUGUUGUGCACACCCAGCAACAGCAGCAGCAGCAGCAAAAGCAGGUGUCCCCUACUGCUGCUGGUGGGUGGCGGCACACCUCACCGCGGACGAAUGGCAGCUGCAGCACGGACGCAACAGGAGCAGCAGCAGCAGCUGCUGCUGCUGCAGCAGAGGGGGAGAUCGGAGUAUCAGCACAAAGCAUUGCUGAGGCACUGCAGCAGGCCCUGCAAAACCUUUCUCGCCCGCUGCAGCUGCAACUAGUGAACAAAGCAGAAGCUAUAUUUAAAGCUUGCUGCUUGCAUGCAGACAGCAGCAACAGACGUAUGUUCGUGGUGCUGCGGCUGCUGCAGCAUCUGGGGCCCUCGUUUGGUGCUGCUCUCACUCCACUUGUUAACAGACUGGGGGAGCAGAUUGUUGCAGAGGAAGAGGCAGCCGCAGAAGCUGCUGCUGCUGUUGGGCCGUACACCAGCCUGGGGGGAUCGCCAGCAGCAGCAGCUGCUGCUGCUGCAACGCGGAAGCAGCAGCAGCAGCUCCAGCUGCAGCAGAUGCUCUUCCUUGACUUCGCUUCCGAAGCAGAGGCUCUCUCGCCUUUUCUCUCAACAGCAACAAGCGCAGCAAAAGCCUUCUCUGCAAUUGUGUCGCUGCUGCCUCCAUCUCCUUCUGUGUGCCCGGGAGCCACGUGGCUUCCGCGUGGCGGCGACGAUCAGCAGCAGCAACGGCAGCUGCAGCACGGGAAGAGGCAGCAGCAGCAGCACGAGCAGCAGGACCAACCGGAAGAAUCAUGGAUAGGCUUGGCUGCUGCUGCGUCGCUGGCACGCCUGCUGCGGGGGCUGCAGGCAGAGGCGGGGCUCCGCCUUCCCAGGUGUCUCCUCAGUGCUAAAGGUUUCCAGUUCUUGCAGGCGGCAUUCGAAGCUGCUGCUCAGCUGCUGCUUUUCAGACAAUCGGUGUUGAGACCCCACAUGGACGUCUUCUUAUCAGUUGCUGCUGCAGUGCUGCAAGUCGAAGUGGAGUUGCCGCGCCUGAGGUUACCGAGGUCGCUCAUUCGGGCGACGCUUUCGUUCCUGUACUUAACUUGCACGGCCCCCCCGCGCCUGCUGCUCUCUUCUCUAGAAGCGCUAGUAGAGGCCCACGGCACACCAGAAGCAGCAGCAGCAGCAGCAGCUGACGCGGCAGCAACGGGAAGUAACGACCAGCUUGCUGAUGCUUGUGCCGUGGGGAUAUCCAAAGCUGCUGCUGCAGAGGCAGCCGCAAAACUCUUCUUGACACCGUUGCUGAGAUACAUUCGACACAAGAUGAUGGAAGCAGCACGUUUGUCUGCUCAGGAGGAGCUGGCGGAGGUGAUUGGCCCGGCGUGCACUGGCUCUGCUGCUUCAGCAGCUGCAGCUGCAGCAGCAGCAGCAUCUGCUUCCCACGACUUCAGCAACAGCACCAGCAGGUUGCCGGAGUGUGUAGCUGCAGCAGGAUCCUCGAAUGCAGCAGCAGACAUGCAGCCUGCUGCUGCAGCAGAAGCUUGGUUGCAGCGUGGUGCUGCUGUUCGCUUAACCCGGUCUACAACGCCGCGGCUGCCUCCGCAGCAGCAAUUUGCUGCUGCUGCUGGUUCCUCUAUGCUGCUGCCUGCAGAGGAGAAGCAGCAGAUAGCAGCGGAUGCGAUUGCUGCAGCUGCUGCUGCUGGGCUGCGAAGCAGCCGCAGCGCAGCACACGGACAGCAGCAGAGUACAGAUGCUGAGGGCUUAGAGGAGACAGUGAGCCGCUUGCUGCCACGAAGAGACAAUCGAGGGCCUCGUUCUGCUGCUGCUGCUGCACUUGACCCGCUAGUGAACCAGCAGCACCACCUGCAGCAGCAGAAGCAGCAGCAGCACUUUCUGCAGCAGGCACAGCACCAGCAGCCGUUCGCAAACCCCACCCAGCAGCAGCAGCAGCACCCGCAGCAGCAGCAGCAGUUGCUUCCACCGGGAGAUGCGCUGGUGCCAGUGAACGAAGCAGCAGCAGCAGCUGCGGCUUGUGCUCAGCUGGGGGCCCCGAUACAGCAGGGAGAGGAGCAGCAGCAAGACGCACAGAAUGCACAGCAGCAGCUGCUACAGCACCAGUAUCCUCUGAGCCAGCAGCAGAUGACGCCGCCGCAACCAAUGCUGCAGCAGCAGCUACCUUUGGGGGUGUUGCCGCAGCAAGGCAUGGCCCUGCCUCCAGCAGCACUGCAUCCUCAGGAGCAGCAGCAGCACCUGCAGCCGCACCAGCAGCAGCAUCAACGUUCGCAGCAACAGCAGCCACACCUGCAGCCGCAGAUGCAGCAGAUGCAGCAGCAGCAGCAUCCGCAGCAGCAGCAACACAUGCAGCCGCAGCAGAUUCAGCCGCAACGCCAGCAUCCGCAACAUCUGCAGCAGCAGCAGCAGCUGCUGCAGACCUCAGCCGUAGGGGCCCCGUCGUUUCCACAGGUUCCAGUGGAUAUGCAACAGCAGCAGCUGCAGCACAUGCAAAUGCAGCAGCAGCAGUUGCAGCAACAGCACAUGCUGCAGCAGCAGCGCCUUCCGUUUACCGCUCCACCGGUGCAGCAGCAAGUACUGCAGCAGCAGCAGCACCGCCUGGCGCCACCGCAGCAGCAGAUGCUGCCGCAGCAGCACCUCCAGCAGCCGCCAUUUCAGCUGGGGCAAGAAGACAUGCAGCAGGAACAUAUGCAGCAGCAGCACCUGAUGCAACAACACCGCCAGCACCACCACGAGCAGAUAGAGCAGCAGCAGCAGCAGCAGCAAGACAACGAAGCCCCCAGACCCCCACUUGCCUUCGACUACUCGCAGCAGCUCGGAGCAGCUCGGCCCCCUUCCCCAACGCUGGGCGCAGCAGGAACACCGCCCGAGCAUCAGCAUCAGCAGAUGCAGCAGCAGCAGAUGCAGCAGCAACAGCAGCAGUUGCUGUUGCAGCAACAGCAGCAAAUGCAACAACAGCCAUCGGCGUGGCUGCAGCAGCAGCAGUUCCAAGGAGCGAUGCCCCCCCAAGCUGUAGGUUCGUUGCAGCCGCAGCUGCAGCAGCGGCGGGGAAUGGCGCCGCAGCAGCAGCCGCAGCAGCGACAGGUGCGGCAGCAGCAGCAGCCACCGGCUUCUGCGCAUCUGCAGCAGCACCAACGACAGCAGCAGCAUCAUCAGCAACCACAGCAACAGCACCAUCAGCAGCAGCAGCAGCAACAGCAACAGCCUGCAUUGAGGCAGCAACCGAAACAGCUGCAGUCGCCGCAUGCAGCAGCACCUCGCGCAGCAGCAGCAAAAUCAGCAGCCACAGGCAGCAGCUCAACAGACACCCCAAGCAGCACAACAGGAACUCAAGCGCCAUCAGCAACACCAGCCGCAGGAGGUGCAGCAGGAGCAACAGCAGCAGCAUCAGGUGCAGCAGGGCGGAAGGCCCCAUCGGGAGCUGGAGCACCGGGCACACCGUCACCCACAGCAUCAGCAGCGGCUGUUGCAGCAGAUUGGGAUGAACAAGACAGCGACGGCGAAGAGGAAGAAAGCGUUAAUGAAACGACUGCUGUUGCAGUUGGCUGCAUUGGGGCGUUAGCAGCAAACCCUCAGCUGCUGCCUUUGUUGCGGCCUCACCUCCCGCUGCUGACAGAGCUGGCUUGGCUGAGGACGCCUUUUAGCGGCACAUUGUGGGCGGUUGUGGGGGAGCUGCUGCUGCCGGCAAUAGAGCAGCAGCAGCAGCAUCAACAGCAGCAGGAGCAGCAGCGGCAGCAGCCGAGUGUAUCUCCAGCUGCCCUGAAAGCCUUAGCAAACCUUGGGGGCUUCCAAGAGUACUUGAGCGUCCUCAAGGUUGUUACGAAACCUUGA